AUGAAACGUGGAGAUCGUACGGCAAAUCAAGCAGUUGGAAACAAUAGAAGGCGGAGAAAUGCAGGAGUGGUUAUACAUGAGCCUGAUCAGAACAUCAUUGCCAACAAUAUUGCCAACAUUCCCGACGAUGUCAUUCCUAACAUCGUUGACAACGACGGCAACAACAAUAACAACAAUGGAGGUGGGAACAUUGCUUACCAACGGGAUCCCGGUCAUCUAAUGCCCGUUGCGAACAUUAGCCGAAUCAUGCAGAAGAUCCUUCCCUCACAUGCCAAAAUUUCCAAUGACAGCAAGGAAUUUAUCCAAGCAUGUACAUCGGAAUUUAUUAGGUUCAUCACGGCGGAGGCUAAGGAGCGAUCUCGCCGUGACUGCAGGAAGACGAUUAGCGCGGAGGACGUUCUCUACUCACUACACCAUCAAGGGUUCCAUAACUAUGUCGACCCUCUCACUUUGUAUUUGAACAAGUAUCGACAAAGCGAAACAGCUCGAACGGUAAUGCGUGGAAACCCUUCUGUCCGGCGCACUACAGAUUUCUCUACCAUAGUACAACAAUCUACAGCUGCACCUCCGCUUCCUCCUCCACUUCCUCAACACGUGCCGCCACCUUAUAUGCCAAAUAUGAUUCCGGCAGCUUCCAGUUACGAAAACUAUCUCCAGCACGGUUUGUAUGGUCAAGUGCCUACAAGCUCUUACCACUACCAUGAUAGUGGUGCUAGUAGUAGUGAUACUACUCAUGGACAAGAGAAAUCUUCUAUGAAUUCUUCUCUUGCUCCUUUUCAUUCUUUUUCUAGAGGAUCCGAUCCUUCUAGUUAAGCGCUAUGAGGUGACUCUUUAUUUCAUCAUGCAUUAUUUUGAUAGAUUUCUAUGUAUUGUGAGAAGAUAGGAUCACUCUUUGGUGGAUGUAAUUUCUAUUCUAUGUAUAGUUUUCAUCGUGAUCUUUGUAAUUGACCGCCUUUUAAUGUAAGAGUUAUAA